CAGAAAAGAUAGGGCUGGGAGUGGAACCUCGAUGCAGACCGACGUCGACAGAUCAGUACGGCGGCGGCUGGAUUCUCCGGACCGGCAGAUCACGCCGCCGCCGGCGCAGCUGCCGGACGACCUGAUCCACUACAGCAUCCUCGCCCGCCUCCCCUUCCGGCUGCUCCUCCGCCUUGCCCCCGUCUGCAAGGCGUGGCGCCGCCUCAUCCUCCACGACCCCGUCUUCGCCCGCGUGCAGGCGCAGUGCCCCUCUCCGGCCUCCGGCGUCCUCGCCCGCUUCCACCAGGGCCGGCUCGAGGUCCUCACCCCCGGGGCCGCGGCCGCCGCCGUCGCCUCGCCGGACGCCGGCAUGUCCUUCUUGCCCAUCGUCGGCGCGCACCGGCAGCACCUCCGGCUCUGCUCUACCACGAGCGGCCUUCUUCUGGUCACCACCGGCAGCACCUUCUGGGUCGUCAACCCAGCGACGCGCGCGUUCCGCACCGUCCCCUACUCCGGCGAGGGCGCCUUCAGGGCAUGCCUCGCGUACGACCCGGCGACGGCGCACAAGGAAAGCUACCACCUCGUCGUCCCCGCCCGGGCAAACAUGGAGCUGCGGAGGUUCUGGAUCUUCUCCUUCUCGUCGCUCUCGCGCGGGUGGCGCGCGUCGUGGGCGACCGUGCUGAUGCCGCCGUACGGCGGUGUGCAGCCCAAGGCUUUACACCUCGGCGGGCUCUCGUACUGGCUUUGCGGCCGGGGCGACGUGCUCUGGUACAACUACGGCGCCGACGCGGCGGGAAAGCUGCUACCGCCGCCGCCGCACGGGAGGAAGAGGCCGUCCUCCCUGGUCGACGGAGGAGGGUUCAUGGAGGGCAGCAGAGAGCUGGUGGCGUGGCACGGGCGGAUCGGGAUGAUGUCGGCGAGCCCCGCCCUGCUGGCCGUGUGGGCGCUGUCAUCGUCACCCUCGGCCUCGGGCAAUGCGUCGUCGCCGGCGCGGUGGGAGAUGGUGCACCGGAGGAGCUGGGACGAUAUCCCUGGCAUGGCGCCCCCCGCGUCGCGCUUCCUGUGGUCGGUGGUGCCGGCGGGAGUGGACGUCGGCGCGGAGGAGGUCUUGGGCCUGGCGGUGCGGAUCGGGUUCACGCAGCGCCGCCGAGUGGGUGGCGGAGUUGACAACGAGAAUGUGUGGCGUCGCGAGGUGUUGCGGUACGACAUGCGUACCGACGCCACGACCACGGUGGCGGAGCUGGUCGGGAAGGAGAAGCACGACGACUUCGUGGUCUUCGGCUACCACUCCAGCAUGGCGUCAUUGUACUAGCAGCUAAUUAAAAGCUCUCCGUCUCAAGGUUUUUUCUGAUAGUAAUUUGAUGGAACUCGAUCAUCGCAGGUACCGAUAGUAUUCUGGAUAUUUCACUUUUCAGCUAUCUAUCUACCUCUUCGUUUCUAAA